AUGGAGGAAUCACAGACUCCCAUGGGGGAGUCGAUUCGCACCUCCUGCGAAAGAUGUCGCCGACGCAAGAUCAAGUGUGAUCGCAAACGACCUUGCUCGCGUUGUGUCAAGGCCGGCAAGGAAUGCAUCCUGCAAGGCACUGGUGAAAAGCAACGUCCGGUCUCGAAAAGCUACGUCACCGCGCUCGAGGGCCAGAUUGCGGCUCUUGAGCACGUUAUCCGUCGGCUCGCCCAAGCCGACAGCACGGAACGCGAUGAGAUUCUCGCCCAGCUCCCUGCCCUGUCCGUUCCGGCUCCGGAUGGCGCUCAAGCACCGGAAAAGACGGAGACGCCGUCUGAUCCCAGCGUCGUCGCCGCGCGCCUCCGCUCCGGCCAGCUGCGCCGCUUGCACCCUAGUCAGGGCGCGCAAUUCUUUGGCGGCACCAGCUUCCUGCAGAUGCACCUGUCCAGAGAAUCGUCCGUCCCGGACAGCACCGCCGCGCUUCUCGAAACUUCAACGGCGAAUGAUUCACUCCAGGACUUGACUAUUGACCCCACCGCCAUACCUCCCAUCCCUAGCUCUUCAGCAGGUCUAGCAUCGGAAUCGGAUGAGUCGCCGCCUCACAAUAGCGCUUUCCAAUAUGCCCCGCACGAUGAAAUGUCGCAGAAGCUCAUGGCAACCUUCUUCAAAGAACAAUACCAAUACAGCAUGAUCGUGUAUAGGGAAUACUUCCUUCGCGACUACGAUGUUGGAUCCGGCAAGUACUACUCGGACGUCCUCCUGUAUGCCAUCUGCGCGCUCGGUGCGUUGCAGUACGACGACACGCUUAACGUCUCGGAAGUCUUCGCCGGACAAGCCCAGGCGCUACUCUACGGCUCCCUCGACAACCCGGACCUCACGCUCCUGCAGGCGCUGGUGCUGCUGGGCUACCGGGAGAUCGCCGUCGGGCGGACGUCGAAGGGGUGGCUGUUCUGCGGCAUGGCGUUCCGCCUCGCGCACGAGAUGGGUCUGCACCUGGAUCCGAGUAACUGGGACGGCUUCACGGGCUUCCACCGCGACCGCGAGAUCCUGCGCCGCGUGUACUGGGCCGUGUUCACCGCCGAUAAGCAGCUUAGCCUCUACUUUGGCCGCCCGCCGGCCCUGUACCCGAACGAGUCGGACGUCCGCAACACAAUACGCCUGCAGUACCCGCCGGACUGGCAGGGGCUGCUGGAAACGUACCUAUGCGAGAAGGUGUCGGCGACGGAGUUUGAGGACGGGGUCGCGCUGGUCGGCUCGUUCAUCUACCGGGCGGAGCUGUCCAAGAUUAUUCACGUCAUGAUUACGGACCUGUUCGAGAACCGCCGCGGUGACUCGGACCCGGCCGUUGUGGCAGCAAAGUCUCGCCAGAUCCACGUGUCCCUCACCAAGUGGCUUUCCAGCUUGCCGGGCACUGUGCACUGGAACCAAUGGACGGUAGGCAAGGUGCCGCCCUCGGUACUCCAUCUGCACAUGGUGUUUCACACCGUCAUGAUCAUCCUUCACAGGCCACCCUCCAACAUGUUUGACAAGCCUGGUAUCGCCGAGAGCGAAGACGUACCGGUCGCUGCCGUUGGACUUUGUGCAGACGCUGGCGACGGCGACGGGCAUCGUGCUGAUGCGGCGAUACCUGCUGAAGGCGUCGUGGACGGACCCGGAGGUCGAACGGUCCGUGUCGCUGCUCCUAGAUGCGAUGAACGACAUCCAAAAUACGUGGCCGCCGGUGCGGGAGAUUCGCGACGCGCUGGUGCAGGCGCAGCAGAGCCAGCAGACAGUGCUGCCGCCCGACGUGCCCUUUGCAGGCAGUGA